AUGUCCGUCUCCAUCGAAACCAGCGAGGUUCCCUCCGCCCCCAUGGCUGCCCAGCCCGUCCUGAUGGGCCAGCAGUCGCGCAUGCCCGAGUUCAGUCUCGCUGGCAAGGUGGUCUGCGUCUCGGGCGCCGGCCGUGGCCUGGGUCUGACCCAGACAGAGGCCCUGCUGGAGGCCGGUGCGAAGGUGUACGCUCUCGACCGUCUGGAAGAGCCGGCGGCCGAAUUCGCCCAGAUUCAGCAGAAGGCAAAGGAGCUGGGCACUGAGCUACACUACCGUCGCAUUGAUGUGCGUGACACCGAGCUGCUCAACAGUGUGAUUGAGGCCAUUGCCAACACCGAGGGUCGCAUGGACGGCCUGGUCGCCGCGGCGGGCAUCCAGCAGGAGACCCCAGCACUGGAGUACUCGGCCAAGGAUAGCAACACCAUGUUCGAGGUCAACGUGACGGGGGUGUUUAUGACAGCGCAGGCGGUGGCCAAGCAGAUGAUUCGCUUUGGCAACGGAGGCAGUAUCGCCAUGAUCGCCAGUAUGAGCGGCACUAUUGCCAAUCGCGGUCUCAUCUGCCCCGCCUACAACGCCAGCAAGGCGGCCGUCAUCCAGCUGGGCCGUAACCUGGCCGCCGAGUGGGGUCAGUACAACAUCCGCGUCAACACCAUCUCCCCCGGCUAUAUCGUCACCGCUAUGGUCGAGAAGCUGUUCGUUGACUUCCCUGAGCGCCGCGACCAGUGGCCCAAGGAGAACAUGCUGGGCCGUCUGUCGCGCCCGGAGGAAUAUCGCGGCGCUGCGGUGUUCCUGCUUAGUGACGCCAGCAGCUUCAUGACGGGCAGCGACCUGCGCAUGGACGGCGGCCAUGCCGCGUGGUAA